AUGCCGUCCCGGUACGCCUUUGUGUCGCUCCCCCUCGGGGCUUUUGACUCGAGCGACAGGGAAGAUGCAAUCUCCUCCCUGAGCGCCACCGUUUCCGACAAUGGCACCGUCCAGGCUUUCAACGUCCCCGAUUUCAAGAUUGGCACCCUCGACGCCCUGGUCCAGCAGGCUGACGACCUGGCUAAGCUCGAGUCCGUCGCCGAAAAUGUCGUCAGCAGGGUCUCCGAGUCCCUGUCGAGCAUCCUCGGCAACGACGCUGACCGUCUGGCCCAGUACAAGAUGGUCAACGACAAACCUACCGAACAUUACAUCAACAACUUCUCGUGGAACAAGAUGCGGUACCGCGCCGACAAGUCUCUCGGCGAGUUGAUAGAUACCCUGUCAAAGGAGCUCACGACGGUCGACACCGACGUCAAGGGCAAGAUUAGCCAGUACAGCUCUGUCAAGACGAACUUGGCCGCCCUUCAGCGUCGUCAGACCGGCAACCUGGCCACCAAAUCGUUGACCCCCAUUGUCGACCCGUCACUCCUGGUCCAGGAGUCGGAAUACAUUGAGACGCACCUGAUCGUCGUCCCAAAGAACGUCAAGAAGGAGUUUUACAAGUCGUACGAGGAGCUGGCGCCCAUGGUGGUGCCCCGGUCCGCCAUCGAGAUCGCCACCGACGACGAGUUCGUACUCUUUGGCGUCGCCACCUUCAAGAAGCACAGCGCCGAGUUCAUCCAAAAAUGCCGCGAGGAGAAGUGGACCCCCCGCCAGUACACGUACGUCCAGGGAGGGCGCGAGGAGGAGCAGCGCGAGCUCGACAAGGUCACAAACGAAGAGCGCAAAGUCUGCGGCGAGGCCCUGCGCAUCGCUCGCACCGGAUGGAGCGAGGCCGUCAUGGCCUGGAUCCACGUCAUGACCUUGCGUGUAUUUGUCGAGGCCGUCCUCCGUUAUGGUCUUCCCCUCGACUAUGUUACCGCUCUUAUCAAGACUACACCCAAGGUCGCGCCCAAGGUCAAGACGGCCCUCGACUCGCAGUUCUCUUACCUGGGAGGCAACGCCUUUGGCAGGGAUAAACGAGGCAAGAUCACCAAGGAUGAUGCCGCCAUGAGUUCCGAGAUGGCUGCCGCCGGUCUGGGUAUCGGCGAGGGCAACGAGUACACGGCUUACGUCUUCUACGAGCUUGAGUUCCCUUAG